AGUGAGGAUAUGAAGUCUCUACUUAACUCAGAAGGUUCUGAUUCUACCUAGCUACAAUACAAAACUCGCCGAAUGACACACACAAACACACUCUCUCCGACAUGAUGAUGAUUCAGAGAUUUUGAUUUUCAAGAAAACUCUCUUUUUCCUCUGUUUUUUUCCCUAUCAUUUUGAAAGCAAUGGCGUCUUUUGCUGAACUUGUUUUAUCAACUUCUCGCUGUACAUGCCCUUGCCGUUCAUUCUCUAAAAAACCCUUAAUUCUUCCCCCUUUAUCUGGUCUGCGUCUCGUCGGUGGUGAUACCAAACCAUUGUUUCGUUCCGGCCUUGGUCCGGUUUCUGUUAAACGGCGUUUCCUCACUGCCGUUGCUCGAGCUGAAUCAGACCAGCUUGGUGAUGAUGACAACGCAAAGGAAAUUGAUAGAAUCCAUGACUUGCAAAAUGUGGAAGAUAAGCAGAAGAAACCAAGCCAGCUUAAGAAAAGAGUGAUCUUUGGUAUUGGCAUUGGAUUACCUGUUGGAUGUGUUGUGUUAGCUGGAGGAUGGUUUUUUACUGUAGCCUUAGCAGCUUCUGUUUUUAUCGGUUCCCGCGAAUAUUUCGAGCUCGUUAGAAGUAGAGGCAUAGCUAAAGGAAUGACACCUCCUCCACGAUAUGUUUCUCGAGUUUGUUCGGUUAUAUGUGCCGUUAUGCCCAUACUUACACUGUACUUUGGUAACAUUGAUAUAUUGGUGACAUCCGCAGCAUUUCUUGUUGCAAUAGCAUUGUUAGUACAGAGAGGAUCCCCACGUUUUGCUCAGCUGAGUAGUACAAUGUUUGGUCUAUUUUACUGUGGUUAUCUCCCUUGUUUCUGGGUUAAGCUUCGCUGUGGUUUAGCUGCUCCUGCGCUUAACACUGGUAUUGGAAAGACAUGGCCAAUUCUUCUUGGUGGUCAAGCUCAUUGGACAGUUGGACUUGUGGCAACAUUGAUUUCUUUUAGCGGUGUAAUUGCGACGGACACAUUUGCUUUCCUCGGUGGCAAGGCUUUUGGUAGGACACCUCUUACUAGUAUUAGUCCCAAAAAGACAUGGGAAGGGACUUUUGUAGGACUUGUUGGUUGUAUAGCCAUUACCAUUCUACUCUCUAAAUCUCUUAGUUGGCCUCAAUCUCUGUUCAGCUCAAUAGCUUUUGGGUUUCUUAACUUCUUUGGGUCAGUCUUUGGUGAUCUUACUGAAUCAAUGAUCAAGCGUGAUGCCGGCGUCAAAGACUCUGGUUCACUCAUCCCAGGACACGGAGGGAUAUUAGAUAGAGUUGAUAGUUACAUUUUCACCGGCGCACUAGCUUAUUCAUUCAUUAAAACAUCCCUAAGACUUUAUGGAGUUUGAUGAACUACCGGAAAUACGAUAACUUCGGUAAACUUACAAGCAUUUCCACGAUAAAAUCUGGCAAUGUAGCUGUGAAACAAACGGUGCAGUGUUCACUGUUGUUGCCAUUGAGAGAUGCAGAGGACUAGGAGGUGAAAGCAGAGCCGGUAUGUUGCUUCUUGGUACGAUGUAACAAUCGGUGUGCGUUUGGUUUAUGUUUGAUAGUUGACCCAAAAGGGCAGUCUUUUGAGGUGCAUAAUUUGGUAGUCAUACGAAUUAUUAUUUUCAUCUUUUAAUGUUUAGAUAAAUUUUAAGCUUCUUAGGAACUCUUUAUUCUUAUGAAAAAUCUAUAAAGUUUGACUUUAUUAAAUUACCCUAAAACAUGAUUAAUGCCGAA